AGUCGCGGGCGCGGCUAUUGCCGCGGGCAGACGCGCGAAGCUAGCGGGAAGCAGGCUGGUGGCGGCGCGGCGAGCUGCGCCUUCUAUUUCCACCCGCGCCCGCCGCCCGCCGCAGAAACACGAUGUUCCGGAUGCUGAGCAGCAGCUUUGAGGACGACCCCUUCUUCGCUGAUUCUUUUCUUGCACACCGAGAAAGUAUGCGCAACAUGAUGAGAAGUUUCUCUGAACCUCUUGGAAGAGACUUGCUCAGUAUCUCUGAUGAUAGAGGAAGAACCCAUAAUCGUAGAGAACAUGAUGGUGGUGAAGAUUCCUUAACUGCAACAAGUUUUUCUCUUGUGCCUUUUGAGAGGUUUGGUGGAAUGCAUGCAGAUAUCAACCCUUUUCAGACAAUGGAUCGGAUGAUGGUAAAUAUGCGAAGUGGUAUACAGGAAUUACAAAGAAACUUUGGCCAACUUUCAAUGGAUCCAAAUGGGCAUUCAUUUUGUUCUUCCUCUGUUAUGACCUAUUCCAAAGUAGGAGAUGAACCACCAAAGGUUUUCCAGGCCUCAACUCAAACCCGUAGGGCUCCAGGAGGAGUAAAAGAAACCAGAAAAGCAAUGAGAGAUUCUGACAGCGGAUUAGAAAGAAUGGCUGUUGGUCAUCAUAUCCAUGACCGAGCUCAUGUCAUUAGAAAGUCAAAGAACAGCAAGACGGGAGAUGAAGAGGUCAACCAAGAGUUCAUCAAUAUGAAUGAAAGUGAUGCUCAUGCUUUUGAUGAUGAGUGGCAAAAUGAAGUUCUGAAGUACAAGCCUAUUGGACGAUCAGGAAACACUGGAAUGCGAAGCGUGGGUCACGAGCAUCCAGGGUCUCGUGAACUCAAAAGAAGAGAGAAAAUUCAUCGAAAUUCAGCCAUUGAGAGUGGAAGAAAAUCAAACAUUUUUGUGGACAAACUCAAUGUCAAAGGAUCACCUGUGAAAAUCACCAAAAAAUAAAUAGCCGUGCAUUUCAUUUGUUUAGUUGGUUAUUUUAACAAAGUAAGUCAUGGCAUGGUGCUCAGUAAUACACAAAAGACCAAUCUCCUGUUAAAUCAGUGCUGUACUUUGCAACUUUCUUCUGAAUGUGAAUGUUCUUGUAAGUUUUAGCUUUACAUUGUUCAUACUUUAGGAAUAAAAUUUUGAUGUUCAAUAAUA